AUGGUACCGACUUCCAUCAUGAAGCUUCUGGUAUUAGCACUCGUAGCUACUGCGUCCGCUGCCCCUCAGGGAUACGACCUGGGUACGCCCACUGGUCCUUCCUUUGAGUCUGGGAGCUGUGGGGAUGGACAAGUGCGGCACGUGGAUGGCAGCUGCGUGACACCUCAAGUGAACAGCCGUGUGUUCCUGUACGAUGUGCCAGCAAACGAAGGUGUAGUCAAUCGGCCAGACUACAUUCCAGAGCCUAAAGUGGAACGCAAUAUCAUUUUUGUAAGACUGCCUGAAGGUGCAGAUGGACCAGAACCCAUCGUCGUACCACCGCCACAACAGCAACACGUCGUGUAUGUCCUGAACAAGCAGUCUGAACAUGACCAACGAGUGAUCGAGGUUCCAGCACCACCGCCAUCCAACCCCGAAGUGUUCUUCGUGAACUACGCAGAAGGAGAGAACCCGACUCUUCCCAGCGGAGUCGACCUCCAGACGGCGCUGAGUUCAGCUUCCCAGGGCGGCGGCCAAAUUGUUGGCGGUGGUGGAGUUGGAGGAGGAAUCGGAGGUGGAAUCGGAGGCGGUAUUGGAGGCAGUAUCGGAGGCGGUAUCGGAGGCGGUAUUGGAGGCGGUAUCGGAGGUGGCAUCGGUGGCGGUAUCGGAGGCGGAAUCGGAGGCGGAAUCGGAGGCGGUAUUGGAGGUGGCAUUGGAGGAGGCAUCGGUGGCGGUAUCGGAGACGGUACUUAUUCCCCUCCUUCUAACCUGUACGAGACACCUUGAAAACAUUCCUAUGCC